AUGCUGACCACAGCUCUCCUCCUGGCCACCGCUGGUACGGUGCAGGGUUAUACCCUGGUCAACUCGGAGUACAUCAUGCGCAAGAACAUCGACUCCAUUGUCCAGCCCGGGAAGUAUACCAGCCACAUGCACAGCUUCUUUGGCAAUGACGCGGUCAAUCUGAAUACUUCCACUACCGAAGAGCUGAUGUCCGGCUGUGCCACCAACGACAACCCGAACGAUCUCUCUGUUUACUGGCACCCGACUCUGUACGCCAAAAACGACUCUGGCCUUGUCCCAAUCGAGGCCCGGUACUUCAAGGCGUACUACAACGAGGUCGACAGCGCCGAGAUCCCAUUCCCCACUGACUUCAAAGCGGUCGCGGGCAACGCCAGCGCAUCUACAGAGGACGAGCUGGACGAGCUCUGGACCAUGAGCUGGUGGUGCGAGUACGGUCCCGAGACAACAGCGGACAGCAACGGCUGGCCCGACUCCGGAUGUGAGAUCGGUCGUCUGCAGACCCAGCUCCGGUUCCCUGACUGCGUGAACACGGACACCCUGGACACUGGCUACUCCAGCCGGGCAUGGCUGCAGAAUGACAACCGCUGCCCAGACGGCAUGAAGCGCAUCCCCCAGCUGCGGUUCUCCGUGCGCUUCGAUACGUCCGAAGCCCUGCCCGACGGCUGGUCCGGCGAGGCGCCCCUGCAGCUUGCGAGUGGGAAUGCGUACAGUUUCCAUGGGGACUUUAUCAAUGGCUGGCUACCUGAGGCGGCCGAGACUAUGCUGGAGGAAGCCAGUGAUAAGAGGGAGUUCCAGACUGUCACUGGGCCCCGGACUGAGAUGGCUGAUUGUACCCCGGAGGAUGUCGACCCUGACAAUGGCACCAGUGACUACGAGGAGAGUCUUCGUAUGAUGGAGGCGUGA